AUGCGCGGAAAAGUCACCAUCGAGGAAGCCUUCGAGAUCCCGUCCGAGGCGGAUCAGAGCCGCGACCAGGCGGCGAUCUACGUGGCGCCGGACGACCUGGAGCGCUACCUGCGGCAGAUCAAGUCGAUCACGGGGGAGCGGCUGAAGAUCUCGGAGGACAACGGGAUCGGGUACACGGUGCUGUCGCUGACGGUGCCGGGGAUCCAGGGGAUCCGGGAGCGGGAGAAGGCGGAGUCGCACGCGCGCGAGGUGAACAACUACAUCGCGGACAAGAUCAAGGACCACCGCGACCGGCUGGGCGCGUUCGCGGCGCUGUCGAUGCACGACCCGGCGCAGGCGGGCAAGGAGCUGCGGCGCUGCGUGAAGGAGCUGGGCUUCCACGGGGCCCUGCUGAACGACGUGCAGCACACCAACCAGCGCGGCCGCUGCCUAUACUACGACCAGCCCGAGUACGACGAGUUCUGGCGCGUGGCCGUCGAGCUCGACGUGCCCAUCUACCUGCACCCGGCCGCGCCCACGGGCGACAACUACAAGGAGCACUACGAGAACCGCAAGUACCUGGUCGGCCCGCCGCAGAGCUUCUGCAACGCCGUCGGCCGCCACGUCAUGGGCCUCAUCACCAACGGCGUCUUCGACCGCUUCCCCAACCUCAAGCUGAUCCUCGGCCACCUCGGCGAGCGCAUUCCCUUCGACUUCUGGCGCGCCAACCACUGGAUCAACGACGUCGAGCGGCCCCUCGCCAAGAAGAACGGCGACACCAUGUGCGAGCGCGACGUCCUCCACUACUUCAAGAACAACAUCUACGUCACCACCAGCGGCCACUUCAGCACCAACACCCUGCGCUUCGUCGCCGAGGAGAUCGGCGUCGACCGCAUCAUGUUCAGCGUCGACUACCCCUACGAGAGGCUGGAGAACGGCUGCGGUUGGUUCGACAACAACUCCGACGAGCUCAAGAAGAUCCUCGGCGGCCGCGACGGCUAUCUGCGUGUCGGCAGGGACAACGCCAAGAACGUCCUCAAGCUCUCCAAGUUCAAGGACUCCGACGCCCCCGUCUGA